AUGUUGAACCAAACGUCCACUGAAGCGUUGCUCUCAGCAACUUAUGUUGAAAAUUACUUAGAUUGUGUAGAAAAUCUUCCAAAUGACCUGCAAAGACAUUUAUCGCGUAUGCGAGAACUUGACGUUACAUACAGAGAAUGCCUUCGUGAGGCGGAAAAACAUCUAGCAGUUUGUAUAGGCGCCAAUACUGAAGAUCGCCGCCGGAGUCGAGCUGCUCUACGGCUUCAGACAGUACUUGUGGCCGCCCAGGAGAUAGGAGAUGAAAAAUUACAAGUUGUACAGAUUCUACAAGAUCUCAUUGACAACAAACAGCGGUCACUUGACGCUGACCACAAAAAGUUAUUAUCUUGCCUUGAAGUAAACACAAAUGGUACAGCUAAGGAAGAGCCAGCGCCUGCGCCAGAGACUCCUCGCAGUGCAGACAAGGAACCGCCACCUCCACCUGUAACACCACAGCAUGCGCCACCUCCUCCACCCCCAGAGCGUACUACUGAGAAAGAGAAAGAAAAAGUUGAAAGAGAUAAGACUGGAGGAGAAAGGUGGUCAAAACGCGCCAGGCGAUCACGGACGACAGCAGGCGCUGCUACAGAUGGUGCAGACUCAAGUGAACGGGACAGUGAGAGACACGCACAUAAUACUACCCACAAGAAAGGUAUAGGCAAAAAGAAAAAACGUAAAGCAAGGCAAGCAGCACAACGUUCAGAGACACCGCCAGAGGAAGCAGACACGAUAGACCCUGACGAGCCUCGGUAUUGCCUCUGUGACCAAAUAUCCUUCGGAGAAAUGAUUCUCUGUGACAACGACCUUUGUCCCAUAGAAUGGUUCCAUUUUUCUUGUGUUUCACUUACAACAAAACCUAAAGGCAAAUGGUUUUGCCCCAAAUGCCGUGGCGACCGACCAAAUGUCAUGAAACCGAAAGGACAAUUCUUAAAAGAACUAGAACGGUACAACAGGGAGAAAGAAGAAAAAGCAUAG